AUUCACGCUUCAUGUUAGGCUAACAGUUAAGCGUUGCUCGAAACCAGACAUGUUUGAUUUCACGAGCGUCAUCAAAGCUUGGAAAUUGGAGAAUGAGCAAUUAUGCUGUUGACCUGACCCAUUUGCUAACUUGCUGUUUAAUUUCACUUUAUCCAUACCUGUGCUGUUUUUUCGGCUGAUUGGGCCCUCUUGCUUGGUUUUCUGGAUGUUUACCCUAAGAAAGUAGUCGUUUAAAUAGACAACAUAUGCGUUAAAAGCUUGCAUUUAUGAACCCUUUUUUAGCAUGGCUAGCUUUUUAGCAUCGCUAUGUAAUAAGCUAAACGAUACGCCGCAUUGAUCAUACCGGUUCAAAUCUGACCUUUUUAUUGACGACAUAUGUGGCUCAUUUGUGACCAACGAUUCGUUUACUUUAUUUAUAAGACAUAUCUGGGUUUAAAUUGUGUCUUGGCGUGUUGUUUUGAUGGAAGACGUAAAGCUGCGUUGAUUGUCUCAUUGUGGCUAACCAAACCAACUAGCUUGCUAGGCUAACUAGCCUGCUAACUACUAUGCAUCACAAAAGCUCCUCCGCUUGCUGUAGGAUUUGGUGUCACGUAGCCAAAUGGUCGGCCGGUCUAGACUAAACAAUAACUUCUCAUUCCUGCCUUUCUGAGUUGGAACCUAUGUCUCCAGCUUUUUCUCUCACGUUGGCUCGUUAGCUAAAGACGACGAGCGGUGGAGUUCCGCAUGCAUCAAAGUGCGAAAACAAUGGGGAUGUAUUUCCGACCGCGAUCACAUCAUUUUGGUUUGGCUGCAGUCAGAGACACAUGUGCUGCUAAUUGCCACUAGCUGAACAAUACGCGAUGGGAUUGAAUAUUUCAGAGGCAGGUUUUUCUUUCUUCUCCCUUUGGUUGAACCGAAUUCUAAGAAACGUUCCGGUUCUGAAACUUGUACCUUCGUACAACACAAAAUAUUGGAUGUAUUUCAUUCAUAAUGGGGUUUGUCCCUCUGGAACUUUAACCACAUUGUCUAUUAUAUAAUUAUGGGCCUAAGAAUAUAUAGAUUUAACGUUAUAUCAGUGUCUUCCAUUAAUACGAGAAAAGAUUGCUUAAUAUUAUUGUACAUUGCAAUGAAUCUUGUAUUUUAUUGAUGGUUGACCUCAUUUUUAGUAUGAAAAUAUUUCCAUUGUCAUGAUUAAUUCUCCAAGUAUUUGUGACAUAUUGAUUUGAAUAUAAUCUAAUCGUAGGCCUGUUAAAUAAACUGUGCCAAGCCUCACAUUGAGAAAUUAAUGAAAUUGCCUCAACUCCCAUGUAUUUAGCUACGUAUUCAGUGUAUUAAGUGUUUAGUGUAAUCUACACUUUUGAUGCAACCAUUUCAAUAUGUAUAAAGGGAUAUAUCUAUUUCAGUAUGCUCUGCUAUAUUUCACAAAGUUACUCAAAGUAACAUGUUUAUUUUAAUUCUAAGGUUUCUGAAAAAGUUUCCAUUCACUGUACGUAGUGCUUCAGUUAUUUAAGCCUCAUACAUCCGAUUAAGUAAUUAAUGGGUUGCAGAACAUUCUACUCCACACAGUACACACAAAGCUAUGUAGCAGUGACUAAAUUUACUUCACUGGGAAGACUUACUAGAGAGGAGAUCUAAAACCACAAACUACAAAAUGUGGACGUUACUUUGUAUUUGUUUGUCUACUUCAGGUCUGAAAUCAUCACUACUUACCAAGACAUAAUGGUUUAUCUCCCCUCUCUUAUAGGAUAUUCUUCUCCUGCAUUCUUCAUUAGAUUAAUUGCCCUCCUUCUUCCCUGCACAACACAAAGCCACCACUAUGAGUAUUAUCCAAGACAAAUUAGGCAAUGAGUUUUUGCGCAACGGCGGCAUGGAUCCCAACUUUGCACCAGGUAUGCUUAUGUUUAGUCACCUGCCGCCUGUCACCAGCUUUACACGGCUGGCCUCCCAGUCCGUUAUGGGCGAGCUUCCUCAGGAGAUGAUCCUGAAGAAAGAACGUGACUCGCCACCAGAACACCAGGGCGCCACCGCCUUGAACACUGGGGGCUUCCUCCACAGCAUGGGCAUAAAGCAGGAGCGGCUAAAUGAGUUGGAUUACCAUAUGCCGCUCUACGGCGGAGGAGUUGGGGUGAACUGUUCUGGAGGGGGUGCGGGGAAGAGUGGCAAUGACAUGCCGGACAUGUCUUUCGGCAACCACCACCAUCACCAAAACCACCAGAACAUGCUUCUACACGACCUCAGCCUCAGCAACGUCCGUUCCCUUGGAGAACAGAUGCCCGUAAGACCGGGCAAAGAGCCAAAAGAGCCUUCAGGGAGAAGAGGGCGAAGAAACAACGGGGACGGGCAGGGAGGCAAAGCACGGAGGAAACGCAGCGAUGCCGCAAAGGCCAUGAUGUUGGAUGCAGAUGGAGCCUGCAUGUCCCCCAACUCAAAACCACAUAUCUGUGAGCACUGUAAUGCGGCUUUCCGCAGCUCCUACCACUUGCGCAGGCAUGUGCUCAUACACACAGGGGAGAGGCCUUUCCGGUGCAGUCGGUGUGACAUGAGCUUCAUCCAGAAGUAUCUGCUCCAACGGCACGAGAAGAUUCACAGUGGAGAGAAGCCUUUCAGCUGUGACCAGUGUAACAUGCGCUUUAUCCAGAAGUACCAUAUGGAGCGACAUAAAAGGACUCACAGUGGCGAGAAGCCAUAUCGCUGCGAUACCUGCCAACAAUUUUUCUCAAGAACAGACCGGUUACUGAAGCACAAACGGACAUGUGGAGAAGCCAUAAAGAAGGGCCUGGACCCAAAUAUGCUGGAGCUCAGCGAAGCAGAGCUAGGACAGGGCAGCUAUUCACACUCUCAGGGAAACCCUACCACCUCCGGACGCAAGAGGGCCAAGUCCAAAAAUGGUGAGGGCAAGAAGAAGAAGAAUGCGUCAGCGGCAUCGUCGUCAGGGGGGAUGGCCCUGGGUCUGCAGGACUUCAGCAUGGAGCACCCGUCAGGCUCCGGCCCCAACAUGCAGGGACGCGCUCCGAAGUUGGUCUUCAAGAAAGCCGGCCGCAAGGCCCAAGACAAGGGAAUGCUGUCUGUGGGCGAUGGCGCUGAUGGACAAAAACGCCUGUGCCAGAAGCCCGACUCCAUGGAUCACUCGGAGGUUACUGGCCUCGAUAACAUGGGUCUCCUCCAGGGAGGCGGGGGCAACAAGCAGGGGCCCACCACCAGCAGCAACUACGACGACGCAAUGCAGUUUGUGAAAAAGCGGCGCUACCUCCAUGCCGUUAACAAUGACUAUGGCGCCGGCUCACUGCACAUGGCGUCCCAGGGCGGAGGUGUCAUCCAGGGCUCCUUGGGGCCUGAGCCCACGCUGGCCAUGCUGGACUCCUCGCCUUUGGACCUCAAGCACGACAAGUCAGGCAUUCCAGAUGAGGUCCUGCAGAGCCUGCUGGAGCAUUAUAGCCAUAAGCCGGAGGGGACACACCACCACGACGUGACUUUUGACCUGUCAGACCACCCGCAUCACGUGGACCUCCAGCCCGCAGCCCCGGUGACCCCCGAGCUGGAGGACGACUCCCCCAACGGUGGUGACAAGACGGCCGUGAUGAGCGAGUACUCAAAGUUCCUCCUGCAGGCGCUGGAGCGCACCAGCCACAGUGGGCCGUUCCCCAGUCUCGGUCCCACGGGGCCUUUCCCACUCCUGUCCAGCAGCUCCAGUCCCACGGGGCCCCUGUUCUCGGACAAACACGUGUACACGACGUCCCCGCUGGAUUGCGUCUACCCACCCGCUGUCUCCUCUCCCCUGCCCAUCGUCGCCCCUCUAUCAAACUCCUCCUCGACCUCCUCCAAGUCCCACUAUGCCAUGCUGGUCGGCUCCCCCUCCCAUGCAGGCUACCACCUCGGCUUGGAGCCCGGCAGCCACCAGCAGCUGACUCCAUCCCAGGAGCUGACCGAGCAGCUGGAGAAGCAGCACUCCCCCGGCACCUUCAACCUACCUCCCCAGGACCUGACGGCGUCGUCAGAGGGCUCCAAGGGGCAGCAGCAGCCCAAGGCCGGAGGGGGGGGCGCCGCACCCGCCAACGGUUCCAGUUACCCAGACCUGUCCCCACUGAACCCCCCUAAGGAGACCACGUACCAGAUCGAGAACUUCGCCCAGGCCUUUGGGUCACAGUUCAAGUCUGGGCGGGUGACCCCUCUGAGCUACGGCAGUGAUCCCGGGGCAGAGGUCGACCACCGAAUACGGACUCCAGUGUCAGAAUUCUCAGGGUAUACCAGUUUGUUAGCGGAUGUCGGCGAGCCAGUGAGUACAGGAUCAAAAACCCAGACAAGCCAAAGUUUCAGAUAAGGGUCAAACAAGGUGAAUCCGGUAGGCGGCGGUCCUGUUACUGUCCACAGUCCCUUCCUAAUUUUGUUCUUGUAGCAAAGUUUGUUUUUAAACACUGCCAUUAAAUGUUAAUACAAGAAUGACCAGGGAGGGUCUUUCAUGGCCUCAAAUGCAAUUUUUAAAUAUUCUCAUUUUUAUUAUGUAUUUAGUCGCUUAUUUUUUUGUUUAAGAGUAGUGAUUUUGAUAUGAACGUACCGUAGAUUUAAAUGUAAUUUAAAACAUUUAGAGGGUAGCUAUGAACUUGCUUGAUUUUUUUUUUCUCAGAAACCUUUUGUUUUAUCAAUCAUCAAACCAUUGUAAAGUAAUAAUGAAUAAUGUUGAGAACUUCAAUAAUAACAUUUGUUGCAGGGAAAGGCCCAGAAUUCAAAUUGCAAAAAAAGUAUAUAUUGUCUGUUACAAGAAACUCAGGAAAAAAGGCAAAAUUGUGUAAUAAGACUUUGUAUUAUGAGAUGCAAUUAGCACAGUUUCUACAGGUGUACUUUUAGACUACAGAGCUUUGAUUUAGUGUUUUUUGUUUUGUUUUUUUAACUCGUCGACAACAUAUUACAACAAAUGAUCACGUGUGGUUUCUACUGCAUGGAGCUUUUGUUGAGUUUAUGGUACUGCUGUGUCAAUGUGAAGACAUCGUGGACACGAGGUAGUCGACGCUGUGGUGGAGUUCAGCGCACAGCGCGUUCUCCAGUGAAGAGGACGCUCGAAGCGGCACGUCAGCUGACGGCGCCCGUCUAGCCGCGCACUGCGCGGGUUGUGGCCAGUAAGAAAAAAAAUGAAUAAAUAAUCAACCCAUUGCUGUUAUGGCGGCCGUCUCUGAAAGUAAUGAACAUCCACCCCUGAUCUUUUUAUCAUGAUGUUGCUGAAUUGGUUUAAUUUUUUCUCUCUAAACAAAUCACCACUUUUCUACUCCGCUCCUUCCCGUUCCUUUUUGUGUCAAUGGAAUCAAACAAGCACUUUUUUUAAACAAAUCAUUAUCGGAAGCAACAACAACCCAUUCAAUUUGCAAAUGUGAUACGUGAUUAUUAUGCUGAUGCUUAUUAUUUUAAGAGGAGAAAACUGUGAACUGGGCUUGGGGGGGGGGGGGGGGGGGAUUAUUGUUUAAUGGGUUUUGAUAGGGGUUUACUAGGCAUGACCAUGGGUGUCUAAAUGUGUUCUGUUGCUUUUUCUCAAGGGUAGAAGAAGAAUUUUAAUUGUAUUUUGUUUUCUUACGGUUUAUCGGGUGAUGUAAAAAGAUCUGCCAUAAUUUUGUUAUACAAUAUUUUGAGAGUACCUCUUUGUAUUUAAGUAUUUUUGAGCGCGGGGCUGACAUGCUGGAACCCUUGUACCUUUGAGCCCGUGGGUCUGCUGGAUGCACCCCAAUCCCUUUUAUUUAUUCUCCACCAGCCACAACAGAACUUUACUGGCAAGUAAUCGCCAGACCUGCACCCCUACUCCAUAUUCCAUCUACUCAAUGAUUUCCUUUAACCUCACUUUGUAGUAAUCGCAAGAAACCGCUUCGAUAACACAGUUGGGGAAACAGAAAAUGUAAGUUAUUCCUGCCCACCAACCGACCCAUCGGCCCAAAAUGCAGCCCUGCACUCACGAGAAUAAACAAUGGCCUUGUUUGUCUUCUGUGGCUGAAGCCAUUCUGUCCCGGCAGCCAGGGUUGAUAUUUAAUUUAGUUGAUUUCCUGUGAGCCCCCCCCCCCCCCCCCCCCCCCCUUUCCCUACGCCUGUGAGCUCCACAGCCAAGAGACUUUGAAGCUGUUCAGAUCGCAGGGAACAAAGACUGACUGACUGACGGACGGACCACCUCACCCCAGACACACUAUGCUUUUAAAGGAGAGAAAGUGGGUGA